AUGAGCCAAAUAGCUCAAAAUCAAGAAAAGCCAUAACAAAGCGGCACUAAAGAAAAAAUUAAGGAUAACCUGAAUGAGUUAUUCAAGCAUGCAAUCAUAGGGAGAUCUUGGAAAAAUAAGGACAGUGAGGUUGAAUAGCUAUUUAGAAUGAAUCCAUAAGAAUUUGCUGAUGCAAGUUAAGGCAUUAUGCUGAAAAUUUUGCUUAUAACCAAUGAUAAGCAGAAGUCUGCUGAGCAACUGAUAAUUAUGUUCUUGAAACUGUAUGAAAUAAUGAACAAGUUUGGAAAGAAGGACCCACAUGGACAUAUUGAUAAUUUUUACUAAUUACAUCUUGAGACCUCUUUUAAGCUAACUCAACAUAAGUAAAAGCAAAUAUCACAGAGAGCUUAUUAAUGGUUACUCUCAGUCCUUGAAAAUUCUUAGAUCAAGUUUCUUGUUGAUCAAAGGAAGAUUGCCUCAAGGAUGCUUGAAGUUGUUAUUGAAAAGAAGAAAUCGGAAUAUAUAGAUGUUAUAACUAAUCACUUAGCUAAGAUAAUGAUGGAGGAUGAGAGCUUUUAAAUCAGGAAGGAAAUAAUUUCUAUCCUACCUAUUAAUGAAAGGACGCUUCCAUUUAUCAUAAUGAAGACUCAGGAUAAAAGUUUCAAGGUUAGACAGCAAGUUUACAUUUCACUUAAAGAUAAAUGUAAAGUUCAAUUUCAUGAAUUCCCGCCUGAAAGUAAAAUAUCAUUAAUUGUGAAUGGAUUGAGCGACAUUGAAAAUUCAGUCAAGGAAUCCUGCAAAGAUUAUCUGUCGAAGGCAUUGUGUCAGAAGUUGUAUGAUUAAAAUAUCAUCUCAGAUGAAGAUUAUCUGAUAGAGUAGGUAUAAAAUUUAACAUCUACAAUUCAAAAGCUUUCCUUACAAGCAACUCAUAAUCAUCAUCAAAUAUCGCUAGUCAUUUACUUACUUUUGAGAGAUGUUGUAUUUUAAGGAUUUGGACCUGAUAAGGUAUUCUCAGCUUUGUAGUACAUUACAUCUAAUAUCGAGGAGAGAGUUCUUAAUAAACAAUAUGAGGAGUUAUAUGAAGAUUUAGUAUUCAUGAACUUUGCUCUACACAUAAUUAAGAAAUCGGAGUUUGAUCAUUAAUCAUAUUAAUUUAGCAGCAUUGAAAUCUAAAAUCAUUUACCAGGAGUAGAAUAGAUAGAAAGGUUAAUUGAAUAAUUCUAAAACAAUUAGAAUGAUAUCAUAUCAGAGUCAACCUAUCAUUAAUCUCUUCCGAACUUAAUUAUGUAUCAAUGUUUCCACCUAAUGAAUCAUCUGAUAUAAAAAGUAAAAUUUCCUGAGAAAAAGGCAUAAAUAGAACUAAUAAUUAAGAAUUUCAUUACUAAGAAAGAGUACUUUCAAUUUGAUCUUGAGUCUAAGAUGACUCAAGACUGCUUAGAUUAAAUUUAAGAUGAGGAGCUAGCACUCUAAGAAUUAGGCGUUGGUAUAAAGGAUAAGGAAAUUUUGAUUCAAAUAUCUCUUAUGAUUCUUAAGCAAGUGUAUGAAAAUGAUAAUAAAGAAUUUUUAGUGAAUUUUGAGCAAGUUUUAUUUGGGGUAAGAUCUGAAGAUUUAGCUUAAGAAAACUAAAAUAAUAUUGAAAAAGUUUAGCAGAAAUUAAUAUAGUAUAAGGAAUAUGAGAUAUCGAGUAAAGAACAAAUAAAUUCUGUUUAAUCGAUAGGUCAAUCACCUGAUGAAAAAGUUCUUUAAAAAUUAUAGAAAGCUGAAGUAAGUUUGGUAAAAUACCAGAAAAUGAUGGAGAAAUUGACUAAAAAAGACUCGGCUCUAUGGCAGCAUUAAUUGACAUUAUUUAAAUACUUUUUGAAAGUAUGCAAAAUUGACUCAGAGACACCAACCAUUUUAUCCAGUUCAUUUUAAAAGAUUAUUAAUACAAAUCUCAGAAAUUAAAACCAAAUUAUAAAAUCCCUUGCUGUUGAAUGUCUUGGUCUUAUGAUGAUAUAGAAUAAAAUGCUUUUUGAGGAGAAUGUUACACAGCUGAUUGAUUAUAUUUAAGAAGAAAAAUAACAAAAAAAUAAAAGUAUUAUCACUCAGAUAUCACUAAAAUGCCUAUUUGAUGGAAUAAUGGUUCAUGGAUUUCUGCUAGAAUCAGGAAAUUCUAAAGAUAUUUAAAGGCAAGAGUUAAGAAAGAUACUAAUGAGACUUUUAAGAGAUUCAGAUUACAACAUUAGGCUACUUGCCACUGAAGGUUUCUGCAGGCUGUUAAUUUGUGAAAGAAUGCAAAAUCCUUGGGACUUCAUUGCUAGAUUAAUUCUACUAUACUUUGAAAGGUAAAAAGGGGAAACUGACGAUCUAUCUUCUCAUUAAUAGAGUCUGCUAGUCAAGAUCAAGAAAAGCAUUGAGGACUUCUUUACUCAUUUUCCAAGACUUGGCUAUGACAGAUGCAUUGAACUAUUUGAAGCAACUUUAUUGGCAAUAUAUUACCUCAUUAAAUCUAGAACAAUCAAUAAUAGUGAUCCUCAGUGGGAUAAAAUCAAUAUCUAUUAUCUGUUUGGUAAGCUCUCCUUAAUGCUUCAGUAUAAGGAGAAUAAAUAGUUCUCUAUUUUUGAUCUUGCUCAGAAGGGAAUUUCUUUUUAGUAUCAAUUCAUAAAGUUCUUUUCAUAUUUGAUUCUCACAAAAAAGAGCUUACCAGACAAUGAGAGAGAUUAAUUUGCAAAGUUCUUCAUAUUCUCUCUUCAGCUAAUUGAUCUAUCUGAAGUUCCUCUUGUUGUGCCAGAUUACGAGAGAGAAUUCAAGGAAUUUAUCAAUCCUUUAUUUAAUUAACUUAGUAAAUUCCUCUAAUCUGUAGAUCAGACUUAGAUAAUUGAUAAAUACUGGAAAAAGCUAGUAGAGGGUUUUGUUAGAAGAAGAAUAGCGAAUUCUGAUAGCAGACCCAACCACUCAAUAGAAAGUGAAGUGAGUAAAAUAAUAUCAGACGAAAUACAGAGAUCAAAAGAAAAGCACGAAUAAAAAGCCAAAGCAAUGAUCAAGAGUGGUUAAAUUAUUACUGAUGAUGAUGCCUGUGAUUUCUAAUUUGAUGAGGACGAAUUUGCUUUGCAAUAGCAUUGCGAGGCAUUUUACAAUUAGACUAUUACUUAUUAGAAGGAUUUCUAAGAGUAGAAGGUAGUAAUUGAAUAAUAAUAUAUACCUAAUAAUAUGCUCAUAAAGAAGAGUCUGAAUGAUCACCAAAAUGACAUGAAAAGAGCUUAAAAAGAUCUGAGCAAAUUCAAGAUGCCAAGUCUGACUCAUCUUGUAAGAGAAAACAAGCCUGAUAAAAAUCUACCUUCGAAAGGAAAGCUCUAGAAUUAAAUUCAGCAAAGCAAAGACUCAAAGUCUAGGAAAAGGGAUAAGAAAGGUAAGGAUAAAGAAAAAAGUAAGGUAAAAAUUGAAAAAGGUAGCAAUGAAUAGAGCUAGGAUAGCAGAAGAAACACUAGAGCAAGUGGUGGUGGUGUUGACGAAUAGAGAAUAUCAAAAAAGAGAAAAAAUGAAGAUAGAGAUAGCAGCGUUGAAAUUAUUGAAUUAGAUUGA